UUACUCACGUGUCACGUGACCGAGACGUAGGAAAGGAACGAAAACAGGAAGCUGUGCAUAUUCUGGAGACGCAGCGGCUUGUUAUAUUUGGAGUAAAGCGACAUGGGCUAUUCGCUGAAAUGUGCAUUUCUAAUAGCAUGUCUAUUUGCAGGAUGGGCAGUUACACCAAUCUCCGUUGCUGAAUGUUCGGUUUAUCCAUUGGAGGUGAAUGGCGAUGGUACACAAAAUCUUCCGUUGUCUAUGGACUCUGUGUUACCUAGUUUACAGAAGAGUUGGGGAUUCUUCUACUCUCUGAGCCUUUCAUCCACCUUUCCAGAUGAGCUUAACGAGUAUUGCACUGAACUGCUUCACGUUUUCGGUCAACGCUAUGAUGCUUUUGCGAACUGUUUGGUGUCUUACGCACGACCUGUCAAAAUCUGUGAGAACUGUUAUCCCGCGUUCAACAAUCUGGGGGAAAUAUAUAAAAAUAUAUCUGAAAACCUGGGCCCUGGAAAUGUCAGUUGCUAUGACAGCCUGAUGCGUUCUGAUAGACUGAUGCUGCUCUAUACUCUCUUCAGCAAAUUCGAUGAGAUCUGGACAAUAGCAGGAUGCCAGCAAUGUCUCGCUGAAACGUCUUUGUCCAACGACACUCUUUUUUUCAUGGGCACUCUGAAUCUGUCACUUUCAUGCUUUGAGAAGUAUCAGGGGAACCACUCUGAACUGUGUAAAGACUGCAAAGUCUCAUACAAAAGGUUGAAUGAGCUGUAUGGUAGAAUGGAGAAGAACCAUACACUUUGCAUUGAUAUAGAAGAUGCAAUGAACAUGACCCGACGUUUGUGGAGUACAAACUUUGGUUGCUCAUUCCCUCGUGAGGAGACGGUGCCAGUCAUUGCAGUAUCCAGCUUCAUGCUCUUCCUGCCGAUCAUCUUCUACCUUAGCAGCUUUCUGCACUCAGAACAAAAGAAACGCAAGCUCAUACACCCCAAGAGAGCCAAGUCCAGCAGCAAUCUAAUAAAUAUCCAGGACAAAUUCAGCUGAGUGAAAAGAGGCAAACGGGGAAUCACUCACCUCUUGAAUCCCCUAAAUUGACUGGCAGUAUCUGAAUGGAUGGGUGAGAUUCACUGCUUCUCCUUGACUCUUAGCACAUCCUGGAUUAAAGAUUUUAUGGUAAUGUCAAGCUGCUGUCGUUUUGUUGUUCUACUUAAAGGAAUAUUCCAUUUUCUUAAAAGAAAAAUCCAGAUAAUUUACUCACCACCAUGUCAUCCAAAAUGUUGAUGUCUUUCUUUGUUCAGUCGAGAAGAAAUUAUGUUUUUUGAG